AUGGCCCAGUGGGAAGUGGCCCCAUGUGAGGCAGCCUGUGCCGCUCCCUGCCCCCCUGCGUCUCGCCCAACCACCAUUGGCCAGGCCCCUGGCUUUGGCCCAGCCAGCGCCCUCUGUCUGCCUCACAGGCCCCCCCAGGCAGCCAUGCUGGCCUUUGGGGUGCCGCUGCGCUGGUGCAGGGCCAUCCGGAGAGGCUUUCAGAUGUCUGCUGCCCACAUUCCCCAUGGGCCCUCUGCCCUGUGUUCCUGGGCAGCCCGGGCCCGAGGAAGCAACUCCCGACUUGGUUCUGUGGAUCUGGGCUGA